AUGCUGUCACAACACGAAUCCGAUCUUGCUUUGGCGCUUGCCGACAAAUCCCUGCGCGAUUCACUUAGCCGAAUCACACACUUGGCAGCUGAUGGCCAGGAUGUGAUGGAUCAGGCGCAUGAGAUUGCGUGGCAGCUGUCUCAAGCGCUGCAGCAGCAUGGCAGGACGUGCUCGGUCAUCUCGCUGUUCCUUCUUUCUGCAGCUGCUGAAAUACGGGCAACCAUGAAUCAAGUCACAUCUGUUCUUCCCAAAGACUGCUGGAUAUCAUGCGUCAGCAUUCCUUUCAUUCCAAAUGAGUGCGCUAAUACCAUCACAGAACACACAGCUGCUGCACCUGCCCCUGCCCCUGCCCCUGCCCCUGCGCCUGAACUGGCACCUGAACUGGCACCGGCACCGGCACCUGCAGUUGCACCGGCACCGGCACCAGAACCAGCCCCAACAAGGAUGUCUGUUCCACCGAUCACUUCACUCCCUCGCAUUGGUCAUUCCCAACAUCCGGUCGUUCCUGGCACCAUGACUGACAAGGGCAAACAGUCUGACCAGGGGACUCGUAGAACCAGAGAUGACAGCCCUGACGCCAAGUCCAGCAGGAAGAAGCAAAAGAUUUUGAAAUGUAUGUCAAAGGCUAUCAUCUCCGACACCGAGGAUGAGGACAGGCGGCCAACAGGCACCAUCAUAGUCAAGCGGCCCAAGGUUGCUGAAUCCUCCGGUGUAGCGCCGGUCAAAUCACAGGGUACGACGAAACAUGUCAAGCAGGGCAAAGGAAAGGAAAACAAUGUUGACAUCGCCGGGCCUAUCAGAGGGCGCCGGCCACUGAGGGCCAAUGAUGAGGAGGAGUACACUCCGCCGUGCGACAGAUGCAUCGGGGAGUCUUGCCUCAUUGUGGUCAGCAGGAAGGGGCAGGCCAUCAAGUCCUGUGCCAAGUGCCAUUUUAUGAAGGUACGGUGUGAGCGACCAGUGUCAGUCGAUACACGCGGCCCUGCAACAAUGCGGGCUCCAAAGUCACAUCCUCGGCCAAAGGCCGCCCCUGCCUCCAAGUCCAAGGCCCAAUCCAGGACCACCAGAGCAACCUCGCGCGCACGUCCACCAACUCCCAUGGUGGAAUCUGAGGAUUCUGCUGAGGAUCCCAAGGCGUCUGUCACUGGCCACGAUGAUGCCAAGAUGGAUCCUGUCACUGACGCCAAGCAGCACACUGAUAUCGCUACUGAGAUGUCAGCCGAGGCCGCCGAUCAAAUCAUGGAUGACCAGCCUGGAGCCAUUGCUUCUGUGGACGACUUCCCCCAUGACCAUUGGCUGGAGAACACUCACGACUUGCCUGUCCCUCAUGUCCCACCAACUCGUGUCGCCGAUGCUGUCUCCCUUCCUUCGGCGCCGUCAGCACCUACCAUCCUCAACCAUGUGCUUGCCCUAACAGCUCAGGUUAAUGCCAUGCAAACGGCUGAUGACAACGCCCUUGCUAGGGUGAAUGCGAUGGAGCACGAUUUUGACGCUCGCAUCUCCUCGAUGCGUGCUGAGCUUUCGGCCGUGCAACUUGAUGUCGGCACCACUGUCACAUUGGUGAAUGGACUUGUCGGUCUUGUUGAGAAGCUUCGGCAGGAGCAUGUCCUUGCCAAUCCAUCGUUCCCACCACCCAUGGUGAGCCAUGGCAAUGAUUCCACUGCCACUGCAUUCAGCAUGAGGUACCUCAACGGCGUGUUUGGUCCUUCCAUUGCUCCUAUGCCCCUUUCUGUUGGUGUCAGUCAAACCUCAGCUUCCCGCUCUUUUGGUCAUCCUGACAUGCAGGGCAGCACUUCCAUCUCUGGACAUUUGUCUUUGGUGUCAGCAAAUGCCGGUCCCUCAUCCGCUCCUGCUCCAGGUGAAUCACAUUUUGCUGUCAAGCCACCUCCUUCUGCCACAAACUCCCCCCCCUGA